AUGUCACAGAUGCUAAAAUCAAACAACGAUAAACAUCCUAGAUUACAAUUACUGUCGGUGGCCUUCAAUGAGGCUUCCAUUGAUACACCCUCGUUUAGAGCCUAUGUGAACUACUAUCAUACUAAAGUCGAACUUCUAGAAGACUGGAUGGAUACGACUAAUAGCUACGUUGAACAAAAGUUCAAACCUUCCUAUUCUGACUUCUACAGGUCAUUAGAAGUUCUUAUAGAAACCAUGCUGCCUCCUCCAAAAUUAUUAAAUAAUGGUUUUGUAGCUAACCAAUCUUUUGCUUCAAGAAUAAUAUAUGAUUUUGACUUUGCAUACUCUGAGUUCAUCAAGAGAAUCUGUUCAAUUAUUAAUCCAGAUGAUAAUAAAUAUUCAGAUGGUUUGCUGAAUUUGCUUACUACGGCUAUUAGACCCUAUAGAACCAGAAGAAAGAAUUUUGAAUAUUAUCAGGCAAAAUAUGAUUCAAUGCUAACUCAGUUACAUAGCGCCACCACUUCAAGCAAAACUUUGGAGCCUUCAUAUUUACGAGAGGAGGCAAAUAGGACUUUUGAAAUAAGGAGAAGUUAUCUUGAUGCUUCACUAAAUUUGGUCAGUUCAAUCUCAACCUUGAGAUUGAGUGUGGAUAAAUUCUUAGCUAAUGCUAUAGGAAGGAUAAAUCAAAAAAAUGUUUUUACAUUCAAUGAAAAUGGAAAACAGAUCAAUUUGGCUCCUACUAUUCAUCAUUACUUCCAUUAUUAUUACUCAUGGUUGAAAAGUUCUGUAAAAUCAUCCAAAACUAUCGAUGAUACCGUUUUCCAAGCUCAAGAACAAGUUUAUAAUCAAAUGCUAAAGCAGUUGCUCCCUUCGACUGAUGAAAAUCAGUACCUUUUGAAGAAUAUCGAUUCUAUCUUGUCAUCGACAGAUUGUCUUGUGGGGACGUAUCCGCAAAAGUCUGGAUGGUUAUAUAUGAGAACAACCGUAGGUUCUUCUGAUAGAGAGAUUUGGGUUCGAAGAUGGUGUUUUUUGAAUGACAUGAUAUUUGGUAUGUUUGCACUAUCACCUUCAAAGACAUACGUAGAAGAAACUGAUAAAUUCGGGAUAGGUCUAAUCAAUGUCAGAUAUUUUCCUGACAUUUCAAGAAGAUUUUGCUUUCAGCUUGAAAUAGAUAAUGGAAAGGGUAAAGAGUUAAUAAUAGUCACACUACAAGCAGAAAGUGUAACAGAACUUAGAGAGUGGGUCCAUAUUAUGUUACAAUCUAAAUUGAAGUUCAACGGUCUCAUUAAGGAUGAGAAAGAUAAGGCUAAUUAUAAUUAUGCAAAUAAGAGGUACUCGCCUCAGUUUUACGAAUUUGCUUCUUCAGCAACAACUUCCAUGGAUCAGAAACUGACUUCAUUUGACAGAAAUUCAUCUUCGUUGAUCGAAUGUUUGAGAAGUGUAUUGGCCCCAGAUCAAGUCCGUGAUAUUAUUGAUGAAAGAACAUUUCUAUUCAAAAUUGUAACAAGUCCGAUUUCUACUAAGCUUACGCCGUUGGCUAUGCUUUCGGGUAGUUUCAGAUAUAAGAACAGAAAGUAUUAUGACGGAAUUCAGGCUAAUAUCUGGGGACUCAAUAUCUGGAACCAAAAUGGUGGAAUUUCGAUAAAUGAUAAGGAGGCAGCUUUCUUGAAACAACAUUUGAAUAACCCACUCAUUAUACCUGAUAAAUACCCCAAAAAUUAUCUCAACGACUUGAAAAUACAAAAUAUGCAAUUCAAAACAAUAUUCGAAUCCAUUAAUUACGACGCUUCCUCCAAAUAUACAAAUUGCAUCGAUGAACUGUUGCUUUUCAAAAUAAGUACUGUUUGGACGGCAAACGAGGCUCAAAUGUUUCCUUCCAUUACCUAUGUUACUAGAAGCUAUCUUUAUCUCUAUAUGAGUGUUAGCGGGUUUCUUCAUUUCUCGAGAAGAAAAUUUGACGAUUUUAUAUCCAUUGAAAAUGACCCAACGACUCCACAUCUUAUAAAGAUGCAUACGCAUCACAAUUAUCAUAUCAAAAUAUACACAUAUUUUGAGGAUAGUGAGGCAGUAGCGAGAAAGAUGCAAUAUCUGGUAGAAUUGAAUGCUUCCCAUGGUAAUAAAUCCACCGGAGAAAUUUUAGAUAAAUUUAAUGAGAUUGACGACGCUUUUAAACAAAAGUCCGAAAAAGAAGAAUUGAUAAACGACCCUGCUACCAAUAAGUUAAUUAAGGCUGAAUAUGAACUUGGUAAAACAUUUUGGAAUAUUAAUAGCACCUCAAAAGAGUUAGUCGAUAGAUGUAAAAAUAUCAGACAGCACUACACAAAAACGUACAUUCAGCGGUUUGAAAUUGCAAGUAAGGGUUUGAUGCAUAUAAUAUACGGUGAUACCUCGAAUGUUUUCCCAAAUUCUUACUUCUUGGCUGCAAGAAAUGCAAAUUUCAACACAAAUUGGUAUUGGACGGAAGAAAGGGAUUCGAAUGGUAUUAUUCAACUUGUAAGAAAAAUCGACUGUAAAAUGAGUAAGACUGAUAAUUUUCUUUUCGAAAAUUCUGACAAAGUCUGCACAUCACAGAGGAUAAUCAAGAUGGUUGAAAAUACAUAUUAUGAAGUUGAUCAAGAUCCUAUUUUGAUCAAAAUACCAUUUUGUCGUCCAUUGAAAGUUUCUAGUAAAUAUGUUAUUACUGAACUUUUUGAUGCGGAAAAUAGUACUAAUAGUGAGUUGAAGUUGUCUACUAAUGGGUCCGAGCUAUAUGCGAAUUAUAAGAUUGAAUUUGUAGGUGGAAACAAUGAAUCUUUCAUCGAAGAUUUGAUCAAGAGAUGUGUAGUUAGGUUCUCGCAAAUAGAGCAUAGUAAAGUUAAGUCAUCGAUUGAUUACUAUCUAGAUCGGAUUGGUAAGCAUGGAAAAGUAGUAAAGGCUAUUAAAUUGUGUGGAUUGUUAGGUGUGCUUGCUGGGGAUGGGGUUAUACAGAAUAAUGAAAAUUUAAAUGACAAGGAAAGCCUUGAUAACUUCAAAUGGGAAGGAAUUCCCGAUACCAGUAGUGAAAGAAGCGCAAAUGAAAGGGCCUCUGUGAGAAGUGAAGCAGAAAAAGAAAAAGUCAAAAAAACUGACCUCCAGUCGGUGAGUGAUGGCAAUGUUCUUUGUGUUAAAUAUACUUUUGCUCUUUUAAUCAGAGUGAUUAUGAAACUGACAGUUUUUCGUCUCAUCAACUUUAUCCUUAUUUCAUUUAGAAUUGUCAUGAUGGGGUUUACUUUUAUUGGUACCCUACUUUCUCAAGUGAAUAAAACUUUACUUUUAGGCUUAAUUCUUUCAAUAUUUUACAAUAUUUUCGUAUCAGCAAGGUCAGGUAUAUCUUAUUGGUCAGUUAGAAAGGCAGAUAAUUUUUUUAAGGACAUCAUGAGUGACAAAAAUUCACAAAAGGUCGAAAGAGCACUCUAUAUUAAGGACAUUGACUUGUUAACCGAUUAUUUGGUUAGUCCUGAUGACGAUGAGGUACUAAAAAAUUUCAACAAUGACUUAACUUCUAAUGAAAAUAAAUAUAGAGAAUCUCGAAGGGAACUAGCUCUUAAGAGGAACGAUCUUUUGGUUGAGCUAAAGAUCUUACAAAACAUGGAGAAAGAGCUAGUCCAAGGGGACUAUAAGAGCUUUUUAAUUAAAGAAACAGAAAAUUGUAAGAAAGCACAAUUACAUUAUGAGCAUAUUUGGGAGCAAGACAAGCAAUUGCAAAGCUACUGUGAGCGAUGCAGUACCGAGUUGCAAAGAUUAGUACCAGGUUUACUGUGA